AUGGGACAGUAUGGUGGCAAAACUCCAAAGCCACAUAUUGCUUGGUCCAACAGCUCAGAGGUGGGUUUUCUGAAUCGUGGAAAGCUUCGGGGUUGGAACUACAAGUCUGAGGAGUAUGAACGGAACAAAACCUGCCGUAGCUAUGUGGACAAAAACGGGGUCAAGCGAUUUGCUGGUAAAAAGAAGGAAUUGAAACAAUCCCAGACGUACACCUACAAGUUUGGGCUGAAGGUCCUCCGAAUCUUACCGAAGCUGCAGUCUACGGUUUGUCGGAACAUUCCACCUACCCCUCCAACCUUCGAUGCCUUGGAGUACUUUAAAGGGAUGGACGACGGUGAUUUUUGGUUGGAUGCAAAGAUGAAUGAGGUCAUCAACUACCUUUACGGAAAUCGAUAUAUCAAGAUUCCAUCAGAGUGGAAGGAUGCCUUAUAA